GCCCAAUUCGGCAAUGCCACUGCUCAGCGAGUCGCCGGCCAAUUGGGCGUUUCCCCAUCUGUCGCAACCCUCUGGCGGCGGCGCGGCGGCGUAGGCAUCCGGCGCGGCGUCGUGCCUCCGUUUCCACAUCUUAGCCACACGCCGCAGCAGGCGAGCAGCGUGGCUUCAUGUGGCCUGUUUAUUGAAGAUUAUUGAAGAAAGAAUACUAGCUUAAUCCGGAUUCUGAAGAAAUGAGUACCUGUAAAAAGGCCAGGGCGGAAUCUACAUCUGUUGUGAGUUCAGACAGACUGAGCAGUCUACCUCCAGAGAUAAAGGGCGACAUCCUAACCCGUCUGAAUGUCGAAGAAGCGGUUAGGACUAGCACCUUAUCAACUACUUGGAGGGAUGCAUGGACUAAUAUGCCAAAAAUAUUUCUGCGCGAUGGAAAUUUUGCAAGAACCAAGUUCGUCACAUUAGUCGAUAUGGUGCUAUCACUCCACAAGGGAACUGUAGAGAAGUUCGAUAUUUCAGGUAGCAAAACUUACCAUAACGAGUUCGACAGGUGGAUGCUCAUGCUUUCAAGGAGAUCACCAAGAUCAAUUAUAAUGGAGUUGAAAUCAGGGCCUGGUUAUAGGAUUCCCUCAUGUCUAUUUUCCAUCGGCGAUUUAGAGAUUCUGCACCUGCAAAACUGCAUCAUCAGCUUGCCCCAGGUAUUCCAAGGUUUCAAGAGAUUAACUCGCCUCAACCUGAAAAAUUUCUCGUCUACAGACAUGGACAUCCAAAAUCUGGUCUCCUUCUGCCCCAUACAGAGUUUUUUGGAACUAGCUUCUUUUGAGGGCAUCAACCAUCUAACCGUUCAAGCUCCUAAACUGAAACUUCUUUAUGUUGUUGGGGACGUUGAGGACAUUAAUUUGGAUGCCCCUAAUUUGGAGAUGGCUGCUCUCUUUCUUGAUCACAAAGCUAUAGCACAUCAUUCUGAUCCAAUUGCGCUUCACAAGGAAAGCUAUGUCAAGCAGUUAGUGGGAAGCCUAAGUGACAUCAAAACCCUUGCUAUUAGCGACUCUUUACUGAGGUAUCUAUCAAAAGGUUGCAUACUUACAAAGCUCCCUGCCGUGUUUGCUCACCUGGAGGAUAUUUAUCUUGCAUAUGCUUUGGGGACCAGCGGCAAUUCUUGGCCGCUUGUUCAUUGUUUCAGAAUGCCCCUAACUUAAAGAAGCUUGACUUGUGGGUACGUAUGCCUCCAGUAAAUCCUCUCCCUUCCUCAGUCAUUCAACCCAUGUUCAUUCUUAUAUUUAUGGCACCUAAUUAAUGAGUUGUGAAAAAAAAAAUGGAGAGUCAAUCUAAGAGCACAUGGGAUCAGGAUCAGGAUCAGGCGAGCAUUCCAGAGCUUACCAUGCAAGUGCAAUUGGAUCAUCUCAUAACACCAGUGUGAAAGGUUUCAGGGGUGUGGACUGCGAAGUUGGUUUCGUGGAAAAGCUACUGAACUGGGCACCAGCUCUGGAAGAAGUGAAGAUAGAAUGGAUGGGCAAAACAGAGUGCAGCAUGGUUCUUGCUAAGCUAUUAGCUCUGCCGAGGGUGUCUCCCAGGGCGAAGGUCAUUGUUACAUUUUGAUAAGCUUGCAUCCCUGCAGUCUACAGAGCACCCCCCAUCACUUUGCCGCCGAGUAGGACUGUUUGAUCUUUCUUUAUGCCAAGACUAGAUGAUGGUUAUAUAUGUGUGCAUUUGAGGCAAAUCAUCAAGCAGAGGGAGUACUUAAUGUGCUAUUAGCAAGUGUUUUCCUUUGUUGAGCCGGGGACACACAAGCCGCUGUGGCCCUUCCUCAACUGCGUCAGUUCAGCUCGUCCUGCUUUGUCCCUUUGAUAUGCGUGUCGUAAAUUCCUGCUUCUAGCAAAUAUAUCUUUCCAUAAGAAUUAAUCAAAUAUGUGAUGACACCGUCAUCUUGUAUCCUUCUGCAUGUGUAGACAUAUGAAGCCUGAAUCAGUCUACCUUUUGGAAAUCAAAGGAUUUAUCAGAUUGCUUUCA